GCUGAGCAGCAGGGGGCGCCGUCAGUCUGUCUGUGCUGCUCUGACUUCACUUUCACUUCAGAAGACAGAGAUCAGCAGCAGACUGAAGCUGGAGCUGAACUCACAUCUGGACGGAAUCUCAGUGAUAAACAUCUGAAAACAGGACCAUGGGUAAAAUACUCAGCAAGGAGGAAGAACUGGAGAGAUUUGUGAAGCAGUUCAACGAGGGUCCAAAUAUGAGAGUUGAUCAGAACAUUGUGAAGUUCUGCAGUCUUGAUUCAUCAGAGAACCUGAAACAACACUACGAGGGGAGGAAGAUGGAGACAGGUGACCACGCUGCAGACUGGCUCAAGAACCUGGCAGAGAAAAUGGCUGCCCUGAUGCCGGCUCCUGAACUGGCGGGCCUCGGAGCGCUGGCCAUCGCCAUCCUCAUCGAUGUUGUUUCCAAAAGUCCGCCAGAGAAGAGCACAGAGGACGCUCUGCGAUGUGUGUUUGCAGAGGAGAAGGCCUCCGAGGUCUGGGAUCAGAUCGAUGAGUGCCUGAAGAGGUGCACUGUGAACUUUAAGAACAAAGUCCAGCUGAGGACCGACAUCGAGCGGAUCGAGUACAAGCUGAGUGAAGCUCUCACCAAGCUGAAGAACUCCAUGGUGAGGGACGGACAGAUGACCUCUGAGGCUCUGAAGGCCUGGAUCAACGGGGCGGCCUUCCACAUCCAGAUGCUGAUCCACCUGGUGAGACUUGGAGGGAUUCCAGACUGCGAUCCUGUGGAGAGGCUCAUCUCGACUUACAAGAGAGACCUGGACCUGCUGUUAAAAAAACACAGGGAGAUGGUAGAAAAGAAGUGUAAAGAAAAGAUUUUUUCUCAUCCCAAGUACUACACUAUUCACUACCUGGUGGAUGAAGAUUCAAAGGAGCAUCGUUUGCCUGAGCUCAACAAUUAUAAGAAAUACUUUGAGGCUUACUACAGUCGCAGGUACAGCAGUCAGAAGAGAGAGAUUGAAUGUUACUUUAAUGAAGUAGGAGAGAACCUGCAGAGUCUGGUUCGUCAAAGCGGCUCCUUUAAUGUCCAAUGAGACAGAGGCUGUUGAGUCUGAAGAGAUGCAUCAUGUGAUCAAAAGUUGUGGACACUCAAACAUUUCCUCCAUAUGGGACAGUUGGACUUGUCUCAGUCUUGCAGGUGUUUUGACUCAGACUUGUCUCGGCUCUUGUGGAGUUUCCUCCUAAACAAACAGAAGUUCUGCUCACAGUUGGUGUUCUUGUGUGAAUCACUGAGCUCUAAUAAACACAAUGAAUUCUACAUUAAACACGUGUUACACUGAGUUUUCUGAAAAGUUUGAAACAUGCAUUGCUCACUGCUUCAAAGUCAAAGUUACACUGAGCGUAGAGACGGAGUCAAAAACUGUCAGUGUCUUUAAGUACUGGAUCACAGGAUCCCAAGUGGAGUAACAACAGCUGAGCAGCAGGGGGCGCUGUCAGUCUGUUUCUGUUUGAGUUUCCUUUCAGUUUUGACUCCGUGAAGCAGCAGAUCAGCAGCAGACUGAAGCUGGAGCUGAACUCACGUCUGGACGGAAUCUCAGUGGUAAACAUCUGAGCCUGAAAACAGGACUAUGGGUAAUACCAUCAGCGAGGAGGAACAACUGAAAAGCUUUGUGGAGCAAGUCAGCGAUGGUCCAGAUCUGGGAGUUGAUCAGAAAAUUGUGAAGUUCUGCAGUCCUGAUUCGUCAGAGAACCUGAAACGAUACUAUGAGAAGAGGAAAAUGGAGACAGGCAACUUUGGUCAAGAUGCAGUCAAGAAAUUAUCAGAGAUGUUUGUCGGCUUGACCUUCGCCCCUGAACUGGCGGGCCUCGGAGCACUGGCCAUUGCCGUCCUGAUCGACCUAAUUUUUCUGAGUCCGUCUAAGGAUAGCACAAAGGAAGCUCUGCGAUGUGUGUUUGCAGAGGAGAAGGCCUCCGAGGUCUGGGAUCAGAUCGAUGAGUGUCUGAAGAGGUGCACCAUGAACAUUAAGAACAAAGUCCAGCUGAGGACCGACAUCGAGCGGAUCGAGUACAAGCUGAGUGAAGCUCUCACCAAGCUGAAGAACUCCAUGGUGAGGGACGGACAGAUGACCUCUGAGGCUCUGAAGGCCUGGAUCAACGGGGCGGCCUUCCACAUCCAGAUGCUGAUCCACCUGGUGAGACUUGGAGGGAUUCCAGACUGCGAUCCUGUGGAGAGACUCAUCUCAACUUACAAGAGAGACCUGGACCCGCUGUUCAGAAAACACAAGGAAAUGAUAUAUAACAAGUGCAGUGGAGAUAUUAUCAGUAUGCAUGAUGAGGAUGGUAUAGUAAUGCUGGUGGGUGAAGAUUCACGGUCUUAUACUAUUAAUGAUGACAUCGGCUAUGACAGAUAUUAUGACGUUUAUUACGAUCACAGGUACGGCAGGCAGAAGUCUAUGGUUCAGCGGUACUUCAAUGACGUAAGAGAGAACCUGCACAGUCUGGUUCAUCAGAGAGGCUCCUUUAGUGUCUACUGAGACUCAGGCGGUGAAAUCUGAAGAGAUUCACCAAAAGUAUGCAAAUGUUUUGACCUGUUUGACUCAGACUUAACUGCAUGUCAUAGAUUUGUGAUUUGGACUCGUCACGACUGAUUGUGGAUUGUGGAUGUUUGGACUCAGACUUGUCUCGGCCUUGGAGGUCUUUCGACUCAGACCUGCUUCAGUAUCGUGGGGCUAUUAACUUUUUGGACUCAGACAGGACUUGUCAUGAUCUCAAGAGUGUUUCGACUCAAAUUCAUCAGUCAAACAUAUCUCAUUGUAACUCGGACUUGGGUGUUUUGACUCAAAAUGGUCUCAGUUUUCAGGUCUUUUUGAUGAAUAAAAGCUUAAGUUCAAACACUAA